AUGCUAACGAUAUUUUUGUCAGUGCUAGUUUUAUCAAGCACCCAUCAAAUAAAAAAGGCCCGAGACAAUGUAAGGAAAUUUCCAGAUGAAUUUAUUUUUGGUGCAGCCACUGCAUCUUACCAAAUUGAAGGUGCUUGGGAUGAAGAUGGGAAAUCUGAAAAUAUUUGGGAUCGCUUAACCCAUGCUGAUCCAUGCUCUAUCACUGACUGCUCUAACGGAGACAUCGCCGACGAUUCUUAUCAUUUAUACAAGAGAGAUGUAGAGAUGAUGCGAGAGCUUGGACUAGAUUUCUAUAGAUUUUCAUUGUCUUGGUCACGAAUCCUACCCACUAGCUUUCCAGACAAAAUAAAUGAAGCUGGCGUGCAGUAUUACAACAACUUGAUCGACGAAAUGCUUAAGUACAAUAUUGAACCUAUGGUCACAUUGUACCACUGGGACUUACCCCAGAAAUUACAGGAUAUGGGCGGUUGGACCAAUCCGUACAUUGUGGACUGGUUUGCCGAUUACGCACGUGUUGCUUUCGAAAUGUUUGGUGAUCGAGUAAAAUACUGGAUAACAAUGAACGAGCCACGUGAAAUAUGCUAUCAAGGUUAUGGAGCAAAUACAAAAGCACCACGUCUUAAUAUAAAGGGUACUGCUGAAUAUAUGUGUGCAAAAAAUUUAUUAAUGGCUCACGCGAAAGCUUAUCAUAUAUAUAAUGAAGAGUAUCGAUUUUCUCAAGGUGGAAUCAUAGGUAUAACACUAAGUGCUAAUUGGUAUUAUUCUGAAACUGAAGCAGAUAUUGAAGCUGCAGAAGAAGCAGUACAAUUUGAGUGGGGGCAAUAUGCUAAUCCAAUAUUCUCAGAAAAGGGUGACUUCCCUCCGGUUAUGAAGGAGAAAAUUGCAGCUAAAAGCGCUGCCCAAGGUUUCGCGAGAUCUAGGCUACCUGAAUUCACUCCCGAAGAAGUUGAAUAUGUACGGGGAAGUGCUGAUUUCUUUGGUAUAAACCAUUACAGCUCGUAUAUUGUAUAUAGAAAUGAAUCAAUGGCUACUUACCAUGAGGUACCUUCUUACUACGAUGACCUAAAUGCUGUUAUUUAUCAAUCUAGUGAAUGGGAGCACGGCGCGUCAGAUUUUCUUAAGGUAGUGCCCGAGGGAUUCUACAAACUUUUAACUGACAUUAAACAAAAAUAUAACAACCCACCUAUAUACAUUACGGAAAAUGGAUACUCCACGUACGGUGGUUUAGUUGAUGAUGAUCGCAUCGCCUACUAUAGGAAGUAUAUGGACGCCAUGUUAGACGCCAUAGAUGAAGGAUGUGAUAUACGAGGCUAUGCAGCCUGGAGUCUUUUGGAUAACUUCGAGUGGAUGGAGGGUUACCUUGAACGUUUUGGCCUGUACGAGGUGGACUACGAGAGUCCCGAGCGCACGCGCACGCCGCGCAAGUCCGCCUUCGUGUACAAGCAGAUCGUGCGCACGCGCGAGCUCGACUGGCACUACGAGCCCGACACCGACGUUAUGACCAUCGAUGAGGGAUACUAG